AUGCACGUCAAGGUGAUCUCGGCCGGCAAGCGAGGCAAGGACUAUGGCUACGUCGACGUGCCCGGUACAGCGCGCACUGUGGGAGACUUGAAAUGCGCGUUCGAGCAACACGCUGGCAUUGCCCGGGCCCGGCAGAGCCUCAAGUUGCAACAAGGCGCGCCGACUGACGCGCUCGUGGCGCUGGCGGACGACGCGAAGUUGCUCCAAGACGUCGGGGUCGUGGACCGCGCAACAUUAGUGUUUCGCGAUUUGGGUCCUCAAAUUGGGUACCGCACGGUUUUUGUGCUGGAAUAUUUGGGACCGCUUUUGAUCGUGCUCGGGUAUGCGACUCGACCAGCUCUUGUGUACGGGUCUCAAGCAGUGACAAGGCCAUGGCACGCGGCGGCUCGUUUUGGUGUCGCUUUCUGGACGCUGCACUUUGUCAAGCGGGAGCUCGAGACGCUGUUUGUCCACCGCUUUAGCCGCCCGACAAUGCCACUGCGCAACCUGUUCAAGAACUGCAGCUACUACUGGACGUUUGCGGCGGUCGUGGGCUUUCCCUUGUGCCAUCCAGAGUACACGGGACCCACGUCUUUAUUGCAGAUGACGGCCGGCCUCGUGCUCAUGGGGGUCUCGGAGCUGCUGAACUUGUGCGUGCACGUGCAGCUCCGGCACUUGCGUCCAGCCGAAGGGUCCAAAGCGCGCCCGAUCCCUAACGGACCGCUGUUUGCGCUCGUGUCGUGUCCCAAUUACACGUUUGAAGUGCUCGGGUGGGUCGGCUUCUCGCUGUUUACGCAAGUCGCGGCGAGCUAUGUGUUUACGGCAGUGGGGUUCCUGCAAAUGGCUGAUUGGGCGCUUAAGAAACACGUCGGGUACGUGAAGAGCUACGGAGACGAGUACAAGAAGCUGCGACGCAAAGCGAUUGUGCCGUUUGUGCUCUGA